GUUUACCCCUGCUGACGGAUCGUAAUUUGAAGUGGGUAGAAGCUAAAUGUGUUAUUUUUGUGAUGAGUGUUCGUAUUAUUUUUGAGAAUGCCAAUUCAGGCGCCACAAUGGGCGGACUACCUCAAUUGUCCAGUGUGCUGCCGAGACUUUGGCCUCCCGCCAAGGAGCCCCAUCAGCCUUGGAUGCGGUCACACACUGUGCGGGCAUUGCAUUAAACACCUUCAUCGUAAACAUUGCCCAUUCGAUCAGACAAUCAUCCAUCCAGACCCUGAGGAAUUAGUAGUAAACACGGCACUACUACAGAUAGCGGGUUACACUCCGCCAGCGCAGCCCUACCAUCCCCCAAGUAUCCAGGCUCUGCCUGAGCGUGACAGGCAUGCAUAUGAUGUUAUAGUCCGCAGUCUUGAACAUCUCGCCAUUUAUCUAAAACUAUGUGCGACCAGUAAUACGGGUAAUCGUCUGUCCCGGCCUAUGCAGCGUAAAUUGGUGACCUUACUACAGUGCGCUAUAACUGAUGAAGAGGGACGUGGCAGGGCGGCACGGGCUGUCCGCUCACUCGGUGAGAGGACAGUCACGGAGCUCAUACUGCAGCAUCAGAAUCCCCAGCAACUCAGUGCUAACUUGUGGGCUGCGGUCCGUGCUCGCGGCUGUCAGUUCCUUGGACCAGCGAUGCAGGAAGAAGUUCUAAAAUUAGUGCUUCUAGCCCUUGAAGAUGGUUGUGCACUUUCUAGAAAGGUACUAGUGAUGUUUGUUGUCCAAAGAUUGGAGCCCCACUUUCCUCAGGCUUCAAAGACGAGUAUCGGUCAUGUAGUUCAGCUUCUUUACAGGGCCUCUUGUUUCAAGGUAUCAAAGCGAGAAAGUGAUUCAUCGCUUAUGCAACUGAAGGAAGAGUUCAGAACGUAUGAGUCGCUACGUCGAGAACAUGAUGCUCAGAUAGUACAAAUAGCGACCGAAGCCGGUUUGAGGAUAGCACCGGAUCAGUGGAGCGCUUUACUGUUUGGAGACACAGCUCAUAAGAGUCAUAUGCAGAGCAUCAUAGAUAAACUUCAAACGCCACAGUCUUUUGCGCAGUCUGUACAGGAGCUGUUUAUAGCUCUUCAAAGGACCGGUGACCCAGCUCAAUUGGUCGUAAUGAGCAUGCAUUUAGAUCGACUCGCUAACAUCGAUGCAAGCCCCGAUGCGAAGUAUCCCAGCUGGCAGUCCCUGGCUGAGAUGAUAACAUCCAUAAAGGAAGUCGUUGCUGGUCUGGUGCACUACUUACAGCAUCAGACCGGUAGCCGAGACGCAAACCACAACCAGAAACAUUUGCAGGCCCCAAUAGAACCUUCGACAAGUCAGCCAUCCACACAAAUAGUGACAACCCCGACCCAUAAAUACAAGACCUCUAUGUGUCGUGAUGCCGUCACACGCUCAUACUGCCCGAGAGGCAACGCUUGCACCUACGCACACUAUGAAGAGGAACUUGAAAGAUACAGGUGCGUGCCAAACAGCUCGGCUGUGAACAAUGGCAACUACUACAUACAGAACGUACCAAACAUACAGAACGUUCAAAACAUGCCAAACAUCCCCAACAUACCAGUGGCGUCGAUGCUGCCGCCGAUGCAGCCGAUACUGCCGCAGAUAUAUCCCCGCUAUCCUCUACAACACCACGUCGAAAACUAUGUCCCACCAGUGCAACCCAUACCAGCACCACCGCUGCCACAGGAAAUGAUCCCAAACCCAGAGUAUGCUCCGGACAACACGCGCCCUGAAUGCAUUCAACAAACGAAUUAUGCGUCUGCCCUCGUGCCAAACCAGGCUUCCGUGCCUAUCAACCAAAAAGGGCUGAUGAUACCAUUAACAGAGCGGCCAUACUACCCUCGCUACGUGACCAUUCACGAAGAGCCGUCAAACAAUCUACAGUACGUUAGGACGGAGUACGUCAGUCCUGUAUAUCAAGGACCCAACAACGCUGGCCCUGUAGCUAGCUAUCAGGAACAGACUAUCCCCAUGCCAAAUAUGUUCGUGCCGGUGCAACGCGAACCACAAAGAAAUAUCAGCCCGUACGCCUUUGAUGAUCCAAUAUCAUCAGAGUUACUGCCGGAGUAUCGUGUGAAAACGGGUUAUACUCCAAGGGAACUUAACAUUGAGCCCACCUGGCCGCCCGCAAAUAACGUAUUUAAUUUUGAUCCAAUGAGGAAUGCAUUACCACACUGUCCAUCUACGGCAGAAGAUAUGUUCUCUGUACCGAACGAUCGUAGAGUUGUUGGAGCGGACAGACUCACCUCAGUGGCUGAUAGACUCACCAACAGAGCGGAUGACCAGGAACUGGAAGAGGAGCUGCAAGCUUUAGAGCGUCGCAUCGACACCGAGUUUAAGAGCACCGACUGAAUGAGAUAAUAGAGAAAUAACCAAAUACAAGGAGACGUGUAACAGAUAGAGUUCAUUGAACUCAUAUAUAUAUAUGAUGUAUGUUUUUUUAAGACUAUAGUUGUGUCCAUAUACAUAUUACAUACUCGAUGUGAGUCUAGAUUGUUUAGUAGUUUACUAUUGUUCUGACGGUGUUGACCGAUGUUAGUGUUUAUAAUGGAUAUCCAUGAACCAUAAUUUAUUACGUGUAGUAAGAAAUGUAUAGUUGACGUGAACUCCCUAUAUAUUUUUAUAUAUAGAUCAUCUGGUUAUUUAAGCACUACCUACGUAUUAGAAUAUACUCCGACUCUUAAGUAAAUAAAAAAAAAACAUGGCGGAUUAAUGCAGUAAUAUAUGAUUUAAUAAAGUUAUUAAUUAAGAACUAAAGAAAUUAUAAAAAAAAAAAUAUUAUCUUAUACAAUUAAUAUGACUAAUAUGUGCUACAACUUCUGUCUGUAUAUAUACAAGCCAAGCGGAUACUUUCGUGUGUGAAAAUUUAUGAAUGUGAACCGUAUACACUGGAUAUGUAGUUUGACAUUGCAAACUUGUGAUAAGGCUACUGGCAAGUAGUCGGCGAUGAGCUCAUCAUUUGCUUGAAUUAAAACCCGAUGAAGUCUCCUAUUAAAUUAUUUUACGUCAAAUUUCACCAGGUAAAAGCAUAUUGUGAUGUUUUGAUAUAAGGAAGAUUUAGUUUUCCUUAUUAUUUGAAAAGCAGUCAGAAAAAACGUGACUCCAUCUCUGAUCUAUCAGCUGACGAGAUUCUAUUUUAAAAUAUAAUAUAUGACAUUUAUUGUUACAGUUAAACUUACCGACUUUGCUUGUGGCAUUCUUAAAAAAAAAAAUAUUUUCCAUUUUUCUGGAGGGUUUAUCUUCAUCAGUUUCCUUAUAUUAAACAAAAAUACAUACACGACAGCAAAGAGAACAGCCGCGAAAUAAAACGAAGGUUAAGUAAAUAAAACUAAAUAUUAUUUGUGAAUUCUCAAAAAUAUAUAUUUUGACAGUUGUGUUACUUAUUAGGCCUAAUACUACUUUACAUAUAUACACCAUGAUAUUAUGGUAAUAUGAAUAUGACGUCUAUUUAUAUAUAAAACUACAUAUUUGUUUAAAAUAUUUCUACUAUAUUUUAUAUUUAUAUCCAAUGUUGAAAUUUAAGUCAUGUUCGCAAUACAAGAACAUCAUAAGUGACAUGAUUUAAAUAAGUUAUUUUUACGAUCUUCAUUUAUUUAUUUGUAGCGAUAUUUAUAGUUAAUUUACCGAUUAUUUCUCAAAUAUAGGAAAUUUAUUAAAGCACGUGCCAAUAUUAUGGAGCAUCACAUUAAACUUGGCGAUAUAUUUAUCAAAAUGGCUGAAAUUUCUGAACUAUAUUUUGUUCCGAAUAGAAUAAUAAAAACAUAAUAUUUUUUCAACAAUAAAUAAUAAAUCGAGCUUCAACCUCAUAUUAUGAGCCAAAUUAGUAAAAGUUAAAAAAUUCUUAAAAAACAACAGUAUGUGUUUUUAAGUAUUUAUUCUUUAGCCAAUCGGGUCGGAGUAUAGUUGUAAUGAAUUAUAGUUUACCGAAAUUACUUGUUAGUCCUUUAUGAAUGUGAUUUAUUUAAGGGUAAAUAGAAAUUUAUACUACCAAAUAAUAUAUGAGAUGCCGUAGGCGGUACGUCGCGAGUUGUUGAUUAUGUGACGGUAGUAACCUGUAGGUAUAUAGAGCGUAUAUUAAUUUUAAGUACAUACAUUUGUUUUCCUACCAGACUUGUCGCAGUUACUUUUGUUCAAAUUUAUUUUUAAAUCUUAAAUUAUUUAGCGUUAUACCUUAGAAAAAUAGUAAAAUAUAAUCUAACUGAUACAUUUAACAUCCAAACGAUAAAUUUAGAGAUAAAUUUAAGAUCUUAUAUAAUAAUGUUUAAAUUUAACACAAACCUUAAACAGCCGAAGCUUAAAUGCAAUUCGAUAUAAUUUAGUUAUUAUAAAUAUGUGUACAAGUUUUUAUUAUAACAAACGGCAGUGAUGUGAUAAUCUGUGAUUCAAAAAUGUCAAUGGCGACGAGAUUUGUUGGUCAUGAGAUUUAAUACAUAUUUUUUAAACGGAAACGUGGAAGAACAAUAAAAUAUUUAGAAUUUGUUGUUUAAAAGUUUAAAACAUACAGCCAAUGUUAAAGGUGUUGACUGUCAAAUUAUGAUGUAAAAUUAACUGCUCUGAAAAUUGAACAUCGUUUUCUUUAGACAUAAAAGAGCGUUUAAUAUUGUAAUAAUUAUACCGUCUCUUGUGUAAUUUCAAAUUACGAAUGUUUUUGAUUCGGGUCGUGGUUCUUGCCGUCCAGUAUUUGACUGUUCUUUAAAAAUAAUCAAAAUAAGGCAAUUUGACCAUAAUUUUUUUUAAACAACACUCAAAAGACAGAAAUUUCAAUAUAUUGAAUAGAAUAUUUUUGUUAUAUUUUUUUUCUUUACGGUUGCAUUUAAUUUUUGUGACUCAUAUAUAUCGAUCAUGUGUUGUUAUGUCAAAAAAAAAAGUUUUUAUAUGUUAUUUCGUCAGACAUAUACAUAUUAAUUUACUACCACUAUUACUUUAUAAGACAGACAUCGGCCUAAGGACACUGCGAUUUUUAUGCGUUUUAUAGUCUGUAUUAAUAAUAAAGAUAAAACAUUAUUGAAACCAAGAGCUGUUAAAAAACGAGCCUUCUCUUGUUGCUCUUCAAAUAGAUGGCGCUAUCCUAAUCGGUGGUGCAUAGACUAUUGAAUGUUAAUUAUAUGAAAGUGUUUUGACUGAUCGUAAUUUACUUGAACAGUUUUCAAAAUGUUAUAUAAAGGUUGUUCUUGAAACACAAAAUAAUUAUACAGUUUGCCAAAUCACUUUAUAUACUUCUGUUCUAUGUUAGUCAAUUCGGGAGCCGUAUUUUAAGAUGCAUUUUUUAUUAACGACGUAUUUCAUAUGUAAUUAUAUGGAAGAGUGAUAUAUUUAUAUAUAAAUUUCAAAAAUAUUUUACUUCCCCUUAAAGUGCACCUUUCUUGCUGUAAAUGAAUGCUUUUAAUUGACAUUCGAUAUUGAUGUAACAUAUCUAUGUGUAGACAUUUCAGAAACAAUAUAUAUAUAUUGUUAAUUUACUCCCCAAUUAUUCUUUAAUCGAAUGGUGACAUAGAACUGUGGAUAAAAUAAUUAUCAAGAAAUGCUGAAUGUUACAUGUACUAUUAAAUUCCAAGUAGACGUGUUUUAGCCGUAUUUAUAUGUCGUGACUCUUUGAAUGGAACUAGCAACUUAAAGAUGCUAUGAAAAAAUAUAUAUAAUAUAUGUCUUUGAUCACUUAUUUACUUGGAGAUGUGUAUUGACAUUAAAUAUUAAUAUCGCAUUAGAGAGAUACAUAAUUUCAUUCAAAAUUAUUUUUAAAUUUGUUGGAAUCUAUCAGGGAAUUAGUUUUGAAAUCUCUUUGUAGUUAGUGUACUGUAACAGAUAUCAUGGGGUAAUUUAGUCGUAAUCGAAGCUUACGUACACGUGACGUAAGAUUAAAGGCUAUUUAGAUGUACUGACCUGACCUUCGUCUAAAUAGACACAAGUCUUAAACUUGGUAAUGCUAGGUAUGUUUAUAUUUUUGGUAUAUGGGGAGCGAUAUCUAAGGCUGGUGAUACAUCUACGUAUUCUCUAGGUAGAGUGGAAAAUGUAUAAAUUGUUAAGGAUAUAAUAUAGAUACAGCUGAGAGAUUCAACUCAACGCCGUCAUUUUUUUCUUUAUAUGUACAUAUGUUUUGUUACUAUUUACAUUAAUAUAUAUUACCACAAUUGCGAUUAUAUUUUGUAAUGCUGUAGUAAUAUUUAUUCUAUUAUUAUUAUAUUUUGCAAGGACUCAUUUGCUUUGUGAUCUCAAGACGUCCUAAAUAACUUAGAUAUAUGUAUAUAUGAGGCAAAAUUAUUCUAAUUUAAAAAUAACAGUAGGGGUUUUUCACUCAUUCAUGUUGAGUAAUAAUACAACGUUGCCUUGUGUUGCAAAAGUUGUAACAUCGUCUUCAAAACAAGUUAUUCCCAGUUGAGAAGUAGCAGUAUGUUCAGAAUAUUUCCCUUUGGCAGAGAAAUUUAGAAAGACCCACUAUUAUUUUUAUCUUAAAUGUCACCGUACCAUAUUAAUAUGUGGUCUGUUGCUUCCCUGUGCAAUCUUAUUACGUGCAAUAAACGUUGUAUCACAAAGUAUGAAAAGUUAAAAUCUAUCAAGCUUGUUUACCGGGAUGUAUGAUAUGUAAUUAAAUAUAGUACACAUAUGUAUAUAUGUCCGUACUGCCUAAGUCUUUAACACCAUUUGCUGUUUCAACUGUUCCGAGUAAAGAAGAUGAUGAUUACAUUAAAUCUGUCGAAUAAGUUCGUUGUUUUACAGGAGUGGCUUGCUACGAGCAGUUUUUUUUAUUGUAUAGUAAAUACCAAAUUUAUUUUGGUGGUUUUUUUUCCUAGGAAAAGUUAUUUUUAUUAUUUAUAACAAGGUCUGUUUAAAGACCCUAAUAAAAAAGGCAUUUGAUGUUUCGGGUCCACAUUAUAAUUUGGACCCUGUAGACUGCUUUAUUAACUUUGUAAACAUUGAUGGGCAGGUCGCCCUUCCGAGUGUACUUCGGUUAAUGUUUGUGUAAACGAUUUUCAUAGUUUAAAUCAUACAUAAAUAUUGUUAUAAAAUAUAGUUUUGCUAAUAAGUAUAUUUAUUUUUAGCAUAGGAUUUGUAACAUUUUUAGCGUUGGUAUUUUUAUAAUGCUCUUGUUGUAAUCACGUACAAUGAUCAAAUAUAUUAUGUUUCAAAUUCAACUUAGUAUUGUCGUUUGGGAACAUAAUAUAUUAUGUCAGAAUUCUGCACAUUAAAAAUAUAUAUCGUAAAUUAUCAUCUGCAACAGAAUCUAGCGCUAACUUAACUCUCAUAAGCAUAAUGAUUUAGUACUGAUGUAUGAUGUAUAUUAAUUUUGGAAGGAUAACCAAUUGUAGGACAGUACCUCGCACGCUACUUAACUCAAAUAGAUGAUAUAAUUAUAGAUUUUAGGCCAAAAUAAUUUAAUGUCCAUAACUUCCAUGUAUAAAGUCGGAUCAUGCUGAUAACAUAAUAUUAUAAAGUUAGAUGUAACGAGUGACUUGUAACUUCCUAGAUCUUAAUAUUCAUUGUUGUGAAUGUACAGCUCGCAUCACUCGUUUCUUAUAUGACUACUAGUACUACUACUAAAUGUAUCGAGUAUUCAUUUGUAUGGAGUCCGGCGUCGGGUUGCGUCUUUCAGUUUUAUUUUUAUAUAAUUUUAUUGGAGGUGCGAAGCCCCCGAUUGAAUGUCAGUGGUUGCAUUUGUUUAAGAAUGCAUAGAUUUUGUUUACUUUUUAAAAUUGUAACAUAAUUGUAAAGCGUUUAAAGCGCUAGUAGGUGUUUAUUGUCAGACGGUAACAAAUAUUUAACAUAAUUUAUAUUGGACCUUUUUGUUUUCUAGAAAUUAGUACAUGAUAUAUAAAUUUGGUGUAAAAUAUCUGUUGCUUUAAUAGUUGGAAUGUAUUUUGUGUGAAUUUAUAAGUCCUUGUAUAAGAUUACAUCUGAACAGUUUGUAGUUAUACAGUCGGGCUACAUAGAGCCUAUUAGAGAUGCAUUUCCAUACGCAAUAAUAUAUUAUUUGUUGCUUGAAGAGUUUUGUUUUAAAUCUUUUUCUUUUAUGAAAUAAAAUGUUUUGUGGUA